GGAAGACAAAGCUCAGAUCCAGGAGGCCAUUAAAGUCCAGGGGGAAGUCGUUCGGAAGCUAAAAUCCGAAAAGGCGAGCAAAGAGCAGUGAUAGGGUUGCUUACCACUUUUCUCCUGUUCUUCCCGCCUGGCCCUGGAUGACCUCUUCCUGCUGGACCCUUGACCUCCACCAACUUUCUCACCACCUGUGGGCGAUCGGACCCACCUCACUUCUUCUUGGGAAUACUGUUACCAUGACGCACUCCUGAACUCUACCUUUCCCACUCCCUGGACAUUUUUUUCCCUUCAUAUUUUUUGUUCCUGUGUCGGAUGACCAUGCUGGCUCUGUCCUUUGCUCGUGUCUGCUCUGGUCUGGCACCGUUUCGGACUGCGCUCCGUCUGCAACCGCUCCGAUCUGCCUCUGGCAUCACUGUGGCUCAGAUUGAUGAAGAAGUAGCCAAACUGCUUGAGCUGAAGGCUCGGCUGGGAGGAGGAGAUGAUGGCAAACAUCAGUUUGUGCUCAAAACACCAAAGGGAACCAGGGACUACAACCCGAAGCAGAUGGCCAUCAGAGAGAGAGUCUUCAACACCAUCACCCGCUGCUUCAAACGCCACGGAGCGGAGACCAUCGACACACCUGUGUUUGAGCUAAAGGAAACGUUGACGGGGAAGUACGGAGAAGAUUCCAAGCUCAUCUACGAUCUGAAGGACCAGGGAGGAGAGCUGCUGUCGCUAAGAUACGACCUCACUGUGCCGUUUGCACGCUACCUGGCCAUGAACAAGAUCACCAACAUCAAGCGCUACCACAUCGCCAAGGUCUAUCGCCGUGACAACCCCGCCAUGACACGCGGCCGCUACAGAGAGUUCUAUCAGUGUGAUUUCGACAUCGCCGGUCAGUACGACGCCAUGAUCCCAGAUGCAGAGUGUCUGAAGAUCGUCCAUGAGAUCCUCAGUGAGCUGGAGCUCGGGGACUUCCGCAUCAAGGUCAAUGACCGGCGCAUCCUGGAUGGGAUGUUCGCUGUCUGUGGAGUUCCAGAUGACAAGUUCCGCACCAUCUGUUCAACGGUAGACAAGCUGGAUAAGUUACCCUGGCAGGAAGUGAGGAAGGAGAUGGUGGACGAGAAGGGAUUAUCUGAGGAGGCUGCAGACCAGAUUGGGGAAUACGUCAGCCUGCAUGGGGGAAUGGACCUGGCAGAGCGCCUCCUGCAGGACCCCAGGAUGUCUCAGAGUAAGCAGGCCUGUGCCGGCCUGUCUGACAUUAAGCUUCUGUUCAGCUACCUGCAGCUCUUUCAGGUCACAGACAAGGUCGUGUUUGACCUCAGUCUGGCCCGUGGGCUGGAUUAUUACACAGGAGUGAUUUAUGAGGCGGUGCUGACCCAGGCUGGGGUGGCCCCAGCGUCCAACGACGCCCAAAACGGGUCUGAGGAAAGCGUCAGCGUGGGAAGCGUGGCCGGAGGGGGGCGCUAUGACGGCCUGGUGGGCAUGUUUGACCCCAAGAACAGGAAGGUGCCAUGUGUUGGGGUCAGCAUCGGCAUUGAGAGGAUCUUCUCCAUCAUGGAGCAGAGGGCUGAGGCGGCAGCAGAGAAGGUCCGGACCACAGAGGUCCAGGUCCUGGUGGCGUCGGCUCAGAAAAACCUGCUGGAGGAGAGACUCAGGCUGGUCACUGAGCUCUGGAAUGCUGGCAUUAAGGCUGAGGUGAUGUACAAGAAGAACCCCAAACUGCUGAGUCAGCUGCAGCUGUGCGAGGAGACGGGGAUCCCCCUGGUGGCCAUACUGGGAGAGCAGGAGCUGAAGGAUGGCGUGGUGAAGCUGCGUGUGGUGGCCAGCAGAGAGGAGGUGGACGUGUCCCGCUCUGACCUCAUCACAGAGAUCAAGAGGAGAACCUCUGAGGCCUAGCCGGCGCUCUCCUGUGUACAGAAUCUCCACAGAUCCUGAUGGAUGUGAGAGCAGGCCUGGUUAAUGUGGGCAGCAGACACAUACACUGCUGGAGAGCCUGGACAACAUGGCUGACCUGCUGAGGGGACCUCAGGUUGCCAUGGAGCUCACAUUACAAACACUGACUUCAGCUUGUAUCCAGACAUUUACUCACUCUACAUGUUUAUUGUCCAGCUGUGUGCUCUGGUGAACACGUCCUAGUGAAAGCACCACUGUGGUCUGAAGCUGUUUCUGCAGGAGGAACUCUGCCUAGCAACCAGGCGUUUACCUCCAUUCAUGUUAGAAGAAGACACAUUUCCAUCAGAACUGCUUCGCUUUGAAUAAACCUGAUUUCAUCCUGUCUGCAUGCUUCAAAUCUCUAUUAAAAACAUGGAAGCUUUCUGAAA